UCAGAAGACUGGCGGCGAUCCCAUGCACCUGCUGCUGCAGCAGCAGCAGAAGCAGCAAUUACAGAACGAUCAUCAGGAUGGCAGACAGAACAACAUGAACUGUUGGAAUGCACAGAACAUACCGCCCAUCAAGACGGAACCGAGAGAUACCUCACCGCAGCCCUUUGGCUUGUAUCGUGCUCCGCCAGAGUUGACGCCUUCGCCGCAGCCGCUGUCGCCGUCGAGCAACUACAACCACAACAGCACGCCCUCGCCCUACAAUCUAGCUGCCACGCCCACCAAUGGACAGCAGCAGAUGAUGUCGCCCAACCACCCACAGCAGCAACAGCAGCAGCAGCAGCCGCAACAGCAGCAACAAUAUGGUGCAACAGAGUUGGGCAACAACUACAAUCCCUUUACACAGCAGGUGCUGGCACAGCAGCAGCAACAACAGCAACAGCAGCAGCAACAGCAGCAGCAACAACAGCAACAGCAGCAGCAACAGCAACAACAGCAACAGCAGCAGCAACAGGCUAUGCAAUUCCAUGGCAAUCCCUUUGGCAGCAGCAACUGGGAGAGCAAAUUCUCGGCAGCAGCUGUGGCAGCAGCAGCAGCGGCGGCAGCUGCAACACCCGCCAGCAACACCAACAACAACAGCAACAAUCUUAGCAAUCUCAACAAUCCCUUCACGAUGCACAACCUACUGACAUCGGGCGGAGGCGGUGGCGGUGGCGGUGUUGGUGGCGGAGGAGCGGGCCCAGGCGGCAACCUGCAAUGGAAUUUGAGCACAAAUCAUUUGCACAAUCAGCACACACUCCACCAGCAGCAGCAGCAGCAGCAGCAGUUGCAACAGCAGCAGCAACAGCAGCAACAUGCCCCGUCCAUGCAUCAGUAUGAUAACAACGGAUCCAACAACAAUACCAAUAAUAACAGCAACAACACCAAUAAUGCAAAUGCGAGCAACCAGCCGGAUAAUGGUCCCACGAUCAGCAAUCUGCUCAGCUUCGACAGCGAGCAGCUGGUUCGCAUCAACUCAGAGGAUCAGCAGAUACUGCGCCUCAAUUCCGAAGAUCUGCAAAUAUCCAACCUAUCGAUAUCUACGUAAUACCUUUAACAACCAAUAAACAAAUCAAGAAAUAAAAUAAACAAACAAAAUAAAUAAAAACUAAAUAAAGAAGCGCAGGGAGGAUGGAAAUUGAAAAUUAAGCAUUAACCCUUAUCGACCUGGUCGUCAGCAAAUUGAUUGUUUUAGUGUUUUUGUUAGUGAUUAAUUUAAAUGCAACUUGUAAAAUGUGUGUUUUUGUAGGCUAAAUGUUUUUUAAAUAUGAAUAAAUAAAUCGUUUUAGAAGUAUAGCAAUGAAUAGCAAUCAAAAAGGUCUAAACU